UCAAAAGAAGCUUUGGAAGUAUAUAAGCCAUAUCUGCGCCCCCAUGCAACAUAGAAGAUCAUCGGAGCUCAGCUGAAACAAGAUCUUGAAGUCUCUCAUUCGUUGACUUGAAAGCAUCAGAAAUGACUGGAGCCGCUGUUUCCGUGUGCCUACUUUUUCUUGUGUCUCUAUGUUCAGCGUGUUACAUCUCAAACUGUCCCAUCGGCGGGAAGCGGUCCAUCAUGGAUGCACCACUACGCAAGUGCAUGUCCUGUGGCCCCGGAGACAGGGGCCGCUGCUUCGGCCCCGGUAUCUGCUGCGGGGAGGGUCUAGGCUGCCUGCUGGGCUCCCCAGAGACAGCUCACUGUGUAGAGGAGAACUACCUGCUCACCCCCUGCCACGCAGGAGGGAGACCCUGUGGAUCUGAGGGAGGACGCUGUGCGGCAUCAGGACUCUGCUGUGAUGCAGAGAGUUGCACCACAGACCAAUCCUGCCUCAUCGAGGAGGACGGAGAGGACCAAACCGGCCAAUUGGAAGGCGGCGACCCCAGUGACAUCAUCUUCAGGCUCCUGCAUCUGGUCGGUCACGCUUCUCCUCAUCAAAGCCACCAGUGA